UCCUCGCACUGAUACUGAGGGCAAAGAUUAUUCUUCAGUCCCCAGUUCUGAAAGGAAAGCCAGCGCACCGUGAACAGAGGCAGGCGCAGGGGUUGAACUAGAGGAGAUGAGAGAUGGCAGCCGAGGAGACAUCCAGUACACUGAGGCAGAGGAAUGCUAAAGCCCCCAUGAGCCAGACUGAAGAGGAUGCUUCACCAGCCAGUAACGAGGAGCACAUAGACAGUGCAGGGGGGCUGAUACAAUGGAGGAGACACAUGGAGGAUGUCAAGGCGGAGCUGUUGGAGCAGAUUCAAGGGCAGCUCAGCGACCUGCUUGAGAAAGUGAUCAGCGAGUCGGUGCAGUCUUACUCCCAGCACAGCAAACCACCCGCCAACUCCAAUGAAACCGAGGCCACGUCAAGGAAGCAGCGGCUUUCUUCAGAGCAGGGGAAAGUGUUUCUGGAGAGACGGUCACUUCUUGAUGAGCUGUUUGAAAUCAAUCACAUCCGCACCAUCUAUCACAUCUUCAUCGCCAUGCUGUGUGUGUUUAUCAUCAGCACCGUCGCAGUGGACUUCAUAGACCAAGGCAGGCUGGUGCUGGAGUUCGAUCUCCUGUUCUACGCUUUCGGACGCUUCUCUACAGUGGUGUUUGCCUGGCUCUGCAUGUGCUCCUACACUCUGGUGGUCCCCUACAAAGCGCUGUGCCUGUGGGGGGGUCACUACCACUCGGUCCGGUUCCGGGGGGGGUUCACCUUCGUGGUGGGGUCCCUGGUGCUGGCCUGCCAAGCCUGCGUCCUGGGGGUCUACCCCAUCUACGUAGUGGUUCACUACAAACUGCCCCCAGCCUCCAGCUUUAUCGUCAUUCUGGAACAGAUUCGAUUCAUGAUGAAAAGCUACUCCUUCAUCCGUGAAAACGUACCGAAAAUCAUGAAGGCAAAACUGAACCAGGGAGAAGCUGCCAAAUUGCCUGAGUUCUCCAGCUACCUGUAUUUUUUGUUUUGUCCGACUCUAAUUUACAGGGAUGCUUAUCCAAGAAAUCCACGCAUCCGGUGGAAAUAUGUAGCUCUGAACUUUGCCCAGAUCCUGGGCUGCUUGUUUUACGGAUACUUCAUCCUGGUGAGGCUGUGCAUCCCAGUCUUCACAAACAUGAGCAAGGAGCCUUUCAGCACCAAGACCAUGGUCCUCACGCUCUUCCACGCCACACUGCCAGGGACCUUCGUGCUACUCCUCUGCUUCUUCGCCUUCCUGCACUGCUGGCUCAACGCAUUCGCAGAGAUGCUGCGCUUUGCAGAUCGCAUGUUUUACAAGGACUGGUGGAAUUCAACGUCAUUCGCCAAUUAUUACAGGACCUGGAACGUGGUGGUUCACGAUUGGCUCUACAGCUAUGCUUACAAAGACUUCCUGUGGCUGUGCGGGGGCAGGUUCCGGGGCGCUGCCAUGCUGCUGGUGUUCAUCACCUCCGCUGUGGUACACGAGUACGUCCUCACGCUGUGUCUGGGGUAUUUCUACCCCGUCAUGUUCUGUCUCUUCGCCAUCUGCGGAGGUGUCUUCAACUUCGCUCUCAAUGACAAGAGAAAGGGAGCGGUGUGGAAUGUGCUCAUGUGGACCUGUCUGUUCAUUGGUCAGGGGAUCCAGAUGUGCCUGUACUGCCAGGAAUGGUACGCCCAGAUCCACUGCCCAGCCAAAGAGAAGGGCUUCUGGGAAUUCAUCACCCCUCGUUCGUGGUCUUGCAGACUGUAAGCAGGGAUGGAGCAGACUUGUGUGCUUUUAAUAAGGUGUUUUAAAAGUCGGAAGAAUGAAUCCACAAACACACCCAGCUUCUUGAUGCGUAACAACCGACAGCUGUGGCCAAAGGUUUUGCAUCCCCUAAAAUUUUAGGAUUCAGACAAUUAAAAAAAACGAUAUAAAUUACAGUAUUUCGUGUUAAAUCUUUCAAUUUUUGUCAGUUUUUCGUUAAGCAUACAACGGGACAUGUGAUUCAAUAUGUUAACGUAACAUUGUUCAGCAGGUUGCAGUCGACUUUAUGAAGCAAAAUUAGUUCAUUCUAUAGGGUGAUGCUAAACUGUUGGCCAUAAUGUGAAUACAACUGCUUAUGAUAGAAAAAAUCAUAGCUUAUUUCCACAAGUGUCAGUAUCAGAUACCAAAGGAGACCGGGCUGACACAGCACUGGUGCAGCGUGGAAUUAGGAAUGCCCUGUGGAAACGACGUGGCAUGCUUUGAGAGUGGCAAUGCCAGGCCAGCACUGUGCCACUGUGCCAAGCUCAAUACCACACACACUAUAUUGUGCUUAAAAAAAAAAUCAAAUGUCUAUCACACAGUAUCACAGUAAGUUCUUUUAUUUGAUUGCAGUUUAUAUGAGUUACACAUACAGAAGACAAAGAGACAAAGAAUAUUUUCAGAUAUUGCAACCAAAUGGGAUCAUUUUGCACUAACAUUUUAUGCAUUUUUUACAUUGCAAGCCAACAGUAGGCUUCAAUAUAUUUAAAUAUGUUAGCCCACAUAUUGUAUAAUAUUUUCAAUAUAUUGCACUGUUAUUCUGUUAGGGUAAGCACCUUUGCUUUAAACUGACGGUAGUAUUGUAUCACUGACAUUGGAAAACAAAUGGAUAUGUUAAUAUGAAACAUACGGGUAUUUUUCUUAUGUAUUGUACCAGCUGCGUAAUAAACACUGAAUACUGUUCUAUUUAAA